AAUGAUGGGGUCCGCAGGUAGCUCAGUGUUGAGCUUAUAAAAGCCGCCGCCCGUCCCAUCGAUAGUCACUUUCUCAAGACCUCUCGCUAUCGACACGAUGUGGAAGCUUUUGGGAAUUCUGCUUCUUGCUGCACUCACGCAGGCCGACAAGGAACAUCCCUGGGUAGGGAAGCGAUACAUCUUCCAGUACCAGAGCGAUGUGAUCCACAAGAUCCCAAACGAGGCGAACAAGCAGAUCGGGCUGCGGGUGAAGUGCCUCGCUCUCUUGGACUACCUGACAAACAACAAGGCGCAGCUCAAGCUCAAGAACAUCAACAUCCACCAGCUUGAGGUUCUCGCUGAUAAGGAGACGCCCACUCAGAUCGAUGCCAUCCCAGAAGCCAUCACGGAGCUGCAGCGCCCGGUAGAUGCCGACUUCUCGGUCGGUCCCAGUGGCCUGAUCAAAUCCGUGAGAGCUGAGAGGGAAGACCCCGAGUGGAGUCUAAACAUCAAGCGGGGUAUCCUCAACCUUGUACAGAUCUCUCCCAGGACCAAACACGAGAACAGUGUCUUCACUGUCAUGGAGAACACCUUGGUUGGGUACUGCCCCGUGACGUACACGACCCUGAACGAGAGAGAACGGGCUGAUGCGAAUGUCACCAAGGUUACCAAGACCAUCGACUACCAGCGCUGUCUCCGCAGGCCGGAGAUCAAGGAGAGCAUCUUCUUUGGAAGAAUCUGCAAUUCCUGUCAGAAGAGCCUAGGCUUCACCCCCUACCUCCGCCAGGCCGGAAGUAUUCGGUACAUCUUUGUCAACUGGAAAAUGGUCGAGGUCCUUGCCGAGGAGGCCCAUGUCGUCACACCAAUGUCCGAGUUUGCCGGACAGAUCCACGCCAUCGUCAAGCAGAAGCUCGUCCUUCUGUCAACAAAAAACAAAGUCGCUAAACCUCUCAUGAACACUAAGAAGACUGGGCUAAGCUUCAGGGCCGUGCAUCCCGAGGAAGAACUUCGAGGGUUCGCUCAGUACCAACAGGGAAUUCAGACCAGGGUUAAGCGUCUGAUCGAAGUGCUGAAAACAAAGCAGGAUCUGACGACUGAAGAUAUCCCUCGUAUGAUCACUGAGAUCAUCACCAACGUCAGGCUCCUUAAGGUCCCCAAGCAGGGCCCUUGCUUCCUGACUGAACUCAUCCAGACUAUCUUUACUGAGCAGAGACCCAAGAUCAGAGCCAUCCUUCUCGAUGCCUUCACCAUCGCUGGAUCAGAUGAAGUGACGUUCAUUUUAAAGAAAAUGGCUGUCCUGAAAAAGCUGCCGAUUGACGUCCUUAACCGCACUCUCUUCAACAUACCAUUCACUCCAAAGGUCACGUUGGCUCAUCUGACGGUCGUCCAGGAGCUUUGUGACAUGGACCUUCUCAAGACCCCUGAGCACUUCCCCAUCCGCCGCCAGUGCUUCCUCUCCCUUGGCGCUCUCGUCAACAGGAUUACGUACCAACCGGAGUUCAAGCAGCGAGUCGAUGUGCAGAUGAAACUGAGCGAAAUUGCUAAGAUGCUGAAUGACCGCCUUAUGAAGGUUAAGGAUAUCCAUGAGAAGAUCAUGUACAUCAAGGCGAUCGGGAACGCCGGUCUGAGAGCCUGCCAACAUGUCAUCCUUGCCUACCUUAACUUCGACAAGUGCACCGAGCUGCGAGUCGAGAGCGUCUGGGCGCUCAGGCGACUGAUAAAUGAGAAGAACACCAAGGUCACCAUGACUGUUCUGAAGCAUUUCAUUAACGUCACGAACCACCCCGAGGUGCGUAUGGCAUGCGCUGUGUUGCUGCUGGACAAGGCCCCGACCUUCCACCACAUGCAGGUCCUGGUGAACACCAUCAAGCAAGAGAUGAAGAGCUACGGACAGCGAUCAAACCAGGUCGCAUCCCUCGUCAUCUCCAAGCUGUCCUAUAUGGCUUACUAUAACAAUCUCGUGCUGAAAGAUAGGGCAAUGUGCGCUCGCCUCGCUCUACGGUCCGUCCCGUACUACUCCUUCGGUCUCAGCUACUCCAAGGCCUUCCGCUUGGCUAUCUUCUCAGAUAAGUUCCAGACUGGCUUGGACUUGGAGUUUAACAAGAUGAAUGUACCUGAGAGCUUCCUCCCACGAAACAUGAACGCUAACCUUCGCAUGCAGUUCCUUGGAUACCAUCUGAACAUCGCCGAGGUCGGUGCCCGCAUGGAGGGACUGCAGGAUGUUAUUCAGGACAUCGUGUCGGAGAUCAAGUCUCGCCAGAAGAGGUCAGUGUGGGAAUUCAUCUGGAGCGGCUUAUCCAGCAACACCGAGGCGCCAACCACCCCUACAACCAACCCUUCCACUGAGGAAAUGGACGAGUAUUCUGGAACGCCUGACCUGCCUACAACUUCAACCCCUCAUGUUUCGGAGAAGAAGAUCUCGAUGUUCGUGAAGUUGUUCGGUCAGGAGCUGAAGUUCACAGAGAUCACCCCUAAGAUCGUCCAGGAGGUAUCGGAACAACUCAUCGCCCUUCUGCGAGGCACCAAACAGACCAUUGAGACCCCUCUUGGCGACAUCAGCAUCACCAAGAACAAGAUAUCCAUCAAGCAAGACAUCACCAAGGCGUUCCUUCCCGUGCACGCGCGUCAACUGGUGCCGACCAUGUGCGGCAUGCCACUUAACAUGCACCUCAUUUCCAGCAUGGUCAGUGACGUCACCAUGGAUCUUCAGAUCGAGGCUCAACCUUCAUGGUGGAGUUUUGCCAAACUGGACACCCUGAAAACCAAACUUCAUGUCAAGCCAAGCAUCUCGACCUUCACACUAGGUCAGGUCAACGUCCAUAACCCUUUCGUGCGCGUGGGAGUCCUGGUGGACAACAAGAUGCAGAUGCGACCAUGGCUCAAGAUAGACAUGGACUACACGCCCGACAAGCAGUACACAUGGAAGAUUGAAAACCCAAAAACGAGCCAGGAAGUGUUUGUGAUGGCGCCUCACUCCAAAGACCCCUCCAUCCAAGGCUUCUGCGGCAUAGUGGAGAUUAUGAAGUUCAAGGAGUACUCGAUCGAGAGGAGACAUAUCAGCCUGGACAUCCCGCGCCUGCAUCUGACCACGAUCGACCCAAUCUGUUUUGGGGAUGCUUUCACUGGAGUGGAGCGAUGCAUAACGGGAGUGCUGCCCACUCUAGCCGCCCUGCGCCUGCGCGAGGUCCCAGUCCUCUCGACCCUGUUCAGGUCCGAGGUCCACGUGGUAUCCACGCCCACUAAAGAUGCCGCCGAGUUCGUCACCAUCCAGUUGAAGGUCAAGGAAAACAGCGCCCAACAGAUGCAAAUCGAGGGCACGUUCUCCUCCUCUGGCCAAACCGUCAAGCGCGACUUCCCCAUGAACAUUACCUUCAACUACCAAACACGCCAACUGAUCAUCGAGGCUUCCCCCAUGCGCCUCCCCGGCUACUCCCCCGAGACCUUUUUUAAGCUGACUGCCGACUUACCCGAGCUAAAGACCUGGGACCUUGAGUUCUUGUUCGGCAUCAAGUCGAUGCCAUACCGAGUACAGAUCCAGGGCAGGAUUGAGCCCACGAAUAGGCGACGGCUGAAUCUGACAUGCGUGUGGGAUAAGCUGCCAGUGUAUCUCACGACCUUCCUGAAAGAUUGGGAACCUCAGCUGCUGUACUUCCUACAGACCUUUUCCUCAGUCUCCCACUUUAAUAGCACGCAAGGGCAGAGCCUGGAGAUUGUCAUGGAGCUCUUGUCACCGCUGACGGCUCUUCUGAAGGCCCGCACGCCUGUCGGUUUCUUCCAGUCCAAGGUGAUGUCUCUCCCCGUCAGGAUUAACAAGCUCCCAGGGUCACUGCAAGACAUCCGAGAACUGGCUUACGCCGAGUGUCGCCUGAGUCACCAAAAGCUUGAGUUGUUUGACAACCAAAGCAUCAAACUGAACCAAGACAAGCCGAAAUGCGUGCAGUAUGUGUUGGCCCAGGACAGGAAUAACGAAGUGUUUCGCGUGUUGGCUAAGCGUGACCAGCAGAACAGGCUGCAUCUCCAAGUCAUCGUGAAGAUCACAAAACAGGUGAUUAUCAAGGUCAGCCCCGAUCUCACCGUCACGGUCAACGGCAAGGCAUGUGAGGAUAAGGUGUGCGAGGUCAGCGGAGCCGCGAGAAUUGUCAGGCGCGAGCAGCGUAUCAAGGUCCAAAUCAACUACAAGCUCUCCUCCCUUCACGUGGUCUACAUGUCCAACAGGAUCCAGGUCCACGCCAAUCCCUUCCUCCAAAACCGUCUGCGAGGUCUGUGCGGGGACAUGAACGGCGAGCAGUACGAUGAGUUCCAGUCCCCCACGGGAGAGUUUCUUAACAACGCUGACCAGUUUCAGAAGGCCUGGAGGCUCACAUGCUAGAUCAAUCGCCCAAGAACAAGAUCCUACACGACAAGCCAUGGACCCGGAACCAAGAAAAACAUUUUUAUUUCUUUUAAAAAUUUGAUUAGCUUUUGGCAUUUUUUUGUGUGUGUGUUUUUGAGUUUGUGUUUUGUGUAGAUGUAGCAGCUCUUUUGUCACGGGAAACCUUCAUUUUUUAUGUCAGAAUAGUAAAAAAAAACAUUAGUAUUUCUUUUUUAAACAUUCAUUUAUUUAUUUUAUUUUAGAUUUUAUUUUACCCCGAAACACCCUUUUGUUAUAUAGAUAAUUAUCAUGUUUUUAUUGCAAUAAAAUUUUGGGAGGAACAUUA